GCCAUGAAAGCAAGCCUUCCUGGUUUCACUCUCAUGUGUGCUGGCUGUGUAAGGUGAGCUAAAACUAUUUUCUGAAUGUUGACUGUGAAAAUAAAAUGGUAGGGUAUACUGAAGGCCAAAAACACAAUGGAAAAAUAGCAUGUUCAUUAAAUACGGAAUGUACUUAAUGUUUUCAUUUGCCCUGUACUUACUUUCAGAAGACAGGUGCAUUGGUAUUGUUCCGGUUCCAACCAAAUGUUAUUGUCGUGGACGCAUACUGUAUUUUGCGGAUGUUAUAUUAUAUAUAUACUGUAUAUAUAAUGGUGUGUAUGGACAGUAUAUGAAUAGGAAAGGUGUGUACAGCAGUAGUUAUAUAGGAUGAGCCUUGACUAGAAUACAGUAUAUACAUAUGAAGUGGGUAAAACAGUAUGUAGACAUUAUUAAAGUGACCAUUGUUCAAUGACUAUGUACAUAGGGCAGCAGUCUCUAAGGUGCAGUGUAGGUGGUAGCCGGCUAGUAACAGUGACUAAGUUCAGGGCAGGGUACUGGGCGGAGGCCGGCUAGUGGUGACUAUUUAACAGUCUGAGAUAGAAGCUGUUUUUCAGUCUCUAGGUCCCAGCUUUGAUGCACCUGUACUGUCUCCGUCUUCUAGAUGGUAGGUUAUUUUGAUACUGUAGGCUCUCAAAUUGACCGAUUAUGACGCUUAUUCUUUAGUGGGCUUAAAGAGGUGCGAUUUUUAUGUCGUAUCUGCCUACCUCGGUCAAAGACAUAUGUGCUGUAACAUUUGCUAAUACAAAGGCUAUUAUACACAACAGGCCUAUCUGAAUACAAUGACAAAACAUGGGUUGUGACCAAUGUUUCCUCUAAACUGCGUGCGUGCGUGGGCGCGCAGUAGCAGAGGACUGUGGCCCUCUGUAGCUCAAUUGGUAGAGCAUGGCGCUUGUAACGUCAGGGUAGUAGGUUCGAUCCCCGGGACCACCCAUACGUAAAAAUUUAUGCACACAUGACUGUAAGUCGCUUUGGAUAAAAGCGUCUGCUAAAUGGCAUUGACACGCACGACUCAUCCCGUACUCUACACAGACGGGUGCGGCAUAAUCAAUCAGAGCUUCAGUAGGCCUAUAUGCAAAUAGACCAUUGCCAUAUAUGGAUCAAUGCCAUUUACUUUGAUCUGGACAGUCUUUACAGCUGUGGUCGUGAGUAGAUGUAACAAGUGGCCUCUUGCGAUCAAAGCAAGAGCUGCAUGUGGCCACGUCCCAUCCGUUGCUAGUUAGUUAUUAGCCCAGUUAUAGAUAAUUUGUAGUCAGCAAUAGGGGAGUGAUUGCUUCCUACAAGAGCACAACUGUGUACAUUUUUAGACAUCUUUGAAAAGUGAGUCAGGUAAAGAGCUUUUUUAUGUGUUAAAGGGGCAGUGUUGUAUUUCGAGACAGGCUUGAAUAAGCUAAGUAGCCAAUAAGCAGAGGGUAGCAAAAUUUGCCUGAUUCUCUGUAAUAAUGGUAUGGGAAUAAUCAUGCAUUUUAUUUUGUAAAGUGGUUUCUUGCAUCAAACAACACAACACCAUUUUCAGUCACCUCCUGAAAGUGGAUAAACAGGUUAGUGUCAAGCCCUGCAUGUUUUUUUUUUCUUCAAAAGUCUUAUGAAAUGUAGGUCUACAUUGAACACCACACAUUGACUGCUACUGUAGGCUAAAUUAUAGAACAGCUAUUUCCAUGUUAAAAUGUUAUGGGAUGCAUUUUCUCCAUUGUUUUUUAUGUUAGGCCACUCUGGUAGGCCUACAUUAUGAUCAAUUAGCCACAGUAGCCUACUUGGCCACUGUUAAAACUGUAACUUAAAGUGGGUACAGCCUCAGUGUUCACAGUAAACGCGUGCUGGAAGUUGCACAGAAUUUUCACAACUUCAAGUUUGCGCUCAGCAGACCUGAAAUUUGCUCAAUGCCUAUUUUUAUUCUGGGAACAUUGGUUGUGACUCAUAUGUAUGGUAUCCUUUGGGACUGUGAAAAAAUAGGACAAGUACAGGCUUGUGUUGUUUCAAUAUUAGAACACACAGGCUGAGGGACUUUAAGAUAUGGUUGGUCAACACUAUACACAGCUGGGGGUUAUUAUUUGGAUCCUUAUAAUACAUGUUUUAUUAUGUUGUACACUAUAGGACCAAAGAGAAAACAUAAUGGCCAUGGAUCACAGACUUUCUCUACCCCUGGCAAGUUUUCUUUUGGCCAUUUCCUUGGCUACAACUACAACUCUGACAAGCUCUUCUGAGAGAGGAAAUAAUGCCACCACCACAAAUAUCAGUUUGGUUACUGCAAUCACAGAGACAAUGGCUCCAAACCAGACCUACCCCACUGCCAUGUCAACUUCCUCAAACGUCACUGUCGACGGUGCUCUCUCUACUACAAGUUACCAUAACUCAAGUCAGAACAGCACUGGAACAACAACUCACAACGCUGUACAGGACAUCUCAACAACCACAACAGCACUGCCUGAGAGCUCAAACACAACCACAACCACAGAGUCAACACCAUCAGCUUUGGCCCCUACAGAUAAGGCUACAUCUGCAGCCACUACAGACCCAGGCAUAGUCCCCUCCACUGCACCAACCACCCAAGCAGCCAAGACCACUGAAAACCAAAACAGUACAUCAAAUACACCACCACAACAAUCCACUACGAAUCUUCCUCAAACCACCAAUACCACGACGUUGAUGGCAACAGCAACACAUAAUGUGACACAAGGUAACUGCUGCUGGUUGAUAUGUCUGUCUUUAAAGAUUAUGAUUUAUUAUGCAACAAACAUUUAAGUGAAUUUCAAUCGUCAUUAAUAUCUUUCCUGGUUUAUUCAACAGGUUUUGGACUAGACAAUUCAGAAAAAGGCAUGACCAUUCUUUUCAGUGUUGUGCUUGGGGUGUUUGUUUUGGGGAUAUUUAUGUACAUGUUGAAUAGAUGGAACCAGAUGAGGCAAUACUCACAUCGACCUCUCUAUAACAACUCUGAGGCUGAAGGUAAGGGAAUUCAUAUACCAUGUUCUCAUAAAAUCUUUGUUCAAUAUCUCAAAUUGCUAUUUAUUUUGUCAUUCUCACUAAGAUGUAGAAACAUUGACAGUGCAUGCAGGCCUACUGUACAGUGUACGGUCUCACAUUUUAUUCUUGUGUCAUACAUUAAUAAAUAUAUAAUUUCAGCUGACACAUUUGUGCUACUGUAGUGUAUGUCACAUUAGUUCUUACAACUCUACUCAAUGCAUUUUCAGUGGAUGGAUCCCUAGCAGCAGACGACACACUUGUCAUUUCAGGAGGACUCUACGAUGGUUCACAAAUCUAUAAUCCAACUAUGACAACUACUGAUAUGACGGAGGAUGAGUUCAAUUUUGAUAAUCAUCUACGUGUGGCUCAGCCAUCACAGUUCCGCCUGGAGAUCUUAAAUGAUGAACAAUAGAGCUCCCCAGGCUUUGAGGCCUCUACCUUUCAUACUUUUCAGCCUAUUGAUUAUGAUUUUUAAUGUCAAAUCUAGCUUCUUUUUUUUUACUCCACUUUGUAAAUUAUGUCAAACCAAUAGGCAUUUUUUAACAUCACUUUAUCAAUUGCAUUUGUUAUUUUCUAUACUUUCCCCCCCUACCCUACCAUCCCUACCCUAAUUGGAGUAAACUAACGGACAACAAUACUUCUACCGCUAC